ACUUCGAUUCCGUAGACGCUGAGCACCCACUAUGUGCCCAACCCUCCCCGGGCGGCGCGCGAGCACUGCUCGCGUUUGUCCAGCCGGGCUGGCGCUGCACUCAGCCCGGCUUAGGCACGAUUUUUGUCCGCACUGCAAACCUGUGGGGUAGUGACUAUCAUAGUUAUUCUUUCAUACAAAAGAAAAGCUGAAGGCCCAGCGAAGUUAACUUGCGGAGACUCUCGUCGAGGAAAGUGUGGGAAGACAGUGCUCACAGUUCAAUGACUGAUAAGAAAAGCAGAGCGGUACACGAGUAGCCAUAUGGUCGAACAGAAAGAGGUCAUAGCAACCUGAAAUGAGGUUCGAAUGCAGGUGCUUAGCAGACCCUGCUGCUCCUCCUGCCCGGCCACCUAAUCCAUGCUUCUGUGAGUUGAGUUAGCUAACGUCUUGUAGGGCUUGGGCAAAGAGAGGAAAGGCACAGAGACAGGACAGUGCGGGACCGGUCCACAAGGCUGGAGAGAUGGUUUUGGUUGUGAGGCUGCAGAGCUGGAAGGGGCUGGGAGUCCUGGACUUGGUCAUGUGGGUGAGGAACAGUUGAAGGAUUUGGCAUCCUCUUAAACCAGUGGCUUCCCUGCCUGUUUGGCAGUUGGCAAUUCCACCUUUCCUUUGAGUUAGCAAGAUGCUAAGUUUCAGCAAAGCACUACCCAUACUAAUGGCUGGACAGUUCAAAGGCCAGUGGACCCCAUUAAAAAAAGACGUUGAACAAGAAUAACAUCAACGAGGUAGAUGUUUGUGCCGAUGCCUGUUUGUGUAACAGAUUGCAGCAGAGGGAAUGGGUGGCAAAGUACAAAGAUACAUCUGAAAUAGACUCUCAGAGUCUAGGAUAAUUCCAGUCAGGGCUUGUCCUAAAGAGGAGUAAGAGGCCAGAGGUAUCCUUCUACAGCAGUUUUUCCCUUCUAACAAUUCUGCCCAUCAGAACCCAUCUUCUGAGACCUACUGGAAGUCCUCGGUCACACCCAGUGUCCCUCAUGUAGCCUGAGAAACUUGAGCACCACCCAGGCAAGAUCUUCUGCCUCUGGUUAAGGCCUCUUGUCCCCAUUUUCUGACAUGUCUCCCCACUUUCUGGUCCCCGGUGACUCAAAUGAGUCCACACUAGUUCCUAGAAGUCACUUUUGUUUUGCAAGUAUUCCCCACCUUUUUUUGUUGGAGAGUAUUCUUCUAGAAUGUAAGGAACAUCUGUCUCCAGGGACUGACCGGAAGUGGCACCCAUGCAGGAUCUUCAGUCUGUCCUGUGGUUUGCACCUCAGAUGUACAUGGAGGAGCUCCUCCCAUUCCCUACCAAAAAUGUGUUCCUGUAGGUAGUCACUAAAGCCUCUGCCAUUCCCAGUGACAGGACGCAUCCAUCUUGUGAUUGCUGUUGCACGUGUAAACGUUUAACUGUCUACCUUCCUCACCAGAUUAGACUAUGGCCCUGGUGUCAGGACAGAUCAUAUCUGAGAAUGAUUUGUACCUUACAGAGAGUUCUGGCAGUGUAACAAGUCCAACUCUUAACGCCAGGCAUAUAACACACUUGUCACCCCUGAACGUGGGUUUUGAAGGCAAGGAAGAUCAAGAGUUCAAGGCCAUCCUUUGUACCUAGCAAGUUCUAGGUCAGCCUGGGCUAUGUGAGACCAUCACAAAAACAAGCAAAAUACUCAACUCUUUGAUUGAUUAAAAUUGGCAGUAAUGAUAACUUUAGCUCAUGGGGGAGGGCCAAUUAGGAAAGGACCAAAUCAGAUUGUCCUAGAGGAAGGAAAAUUGGCCAUUGAGAUUAUCUGUCUGUUGAGUGGGGACAUGAGAUGCUUUUUCAAAAAGCAGUUGAGCAACCCCCUUGUUUGUGCCUCUCAGUUGAAGCAGCUGGGGUUUUUGCUGGGUCAUCAUCAGGCAGUUCCUGUGCGAUUGUGACAGGAGUACAGGCUGGGCCCUGGUAAAUCUGCAGUUUAUCGUUUCUCCACUAAAACACCCAGCAAUGCUAAGUCACUGUUUACUUUGCAAAAUCGCACUGUGUGUUUACCAUGUGUUUAGCACUGGGCUGUGAAAAGACAGUGUCCACUAGAGGAGAUGUUCAGUGUAGGGCUGACAUACAGGAAAUGACUAGGGGAAAAGCACCAAAGUAGGAGUCUUCAGUGUGCUGUGGGGUCCCAAGGCAAGGCACCUGCCAGAGCCAAGCCAGAUCUGUUAUCCAAAAAGACUACCACUAAGGCAAGAUCUGCUGCGUGAUACAGGAUGUCCCUCCUUCACAGAUUUCUCCGUGGACAAUGGCAGCUACAAUUCAGGCCAUGGAGAGGAAGAUCGAAUCACAGGCCGCUCGACUCCUCUCCCUGGAAGGUCGAACUGGGAUGGCCGAGAAGAAGCUGGCUGACUGUGAGAAGACGGCUGUGGAGUUCAGCAACCAGCUGGAGGGCAAGUGGGCCGUGCUGGGGACCCUGCUGCAGGAGUACGGGUUGCUGCAGCGGCGGCUGGAGAAUGUGGAGAACCUGCUGCGCAACCGGAACUUCUGGAUUCUGAGGCUGCCCCCCGGCAGCAAGGGCGAGGUCCCCAAGGAGUGGGGCAAACUGGAGGACUGGCAGAAAGAACUCUACAAGCAUGUGAUGAGGGGCAACUACGAGACGCUGGUCUCCCUGGACUAUGCCAUCUCCAAACCCGAGGUCCUCUCCCAGAUUGAGCAAGGCAAGGAACCAUGCACCUGGCGUCGUACUGGCCCCAAGGUCCCGGAGGUUCCUGUGGACCCAAGUCCAGGUGAAGGAUUGGGAAAAGGCUCUGGAGCCCCAGUUCCUGCCCCUGACCUCCUGAUGCAGAUCAAGCAAGAGGGGGAGCUUCAGCUGCAGGAGCAGCAGGCUCUUGGUGUGGAAGCCUGGGCAGCUGGACAGCCAGAUAUUGGGGAAGAACCCUGGGGCCUCAGCCAGCUGGACUCUGGGGCAGGAGACAUCUCCACAGAUGCUACCUCUGGUGUUCAUUCUAACUUUUCAACCACCAUUCCACCCUCUUCUUGGCAAGCAGAUCUCCCUCCCCACCACCCCUCUUCAGCAUGCUCAGAUGGCACACUGAAGCUAAACACAGCGGCAUCUACAGAAGCAGAUGUAAAAAUUGUUAUCAAAACUGAAGUCCAGGAAGAGGAGGUGGUUGCAACACCUGUGCAUCCCACAGACCUGGAGGCUCAUGGGACUUUGUUUGCACCAGGCCAAGCCGCAAGAUUCUUCCCCAGCCCUGUCCAAGAAGGAGCCUGGGAAAGCCAAGGCAGUUCCUUCCCCAGCCAGGACCCUGUGCUGGGGCUGCGGGAGCCAGCUAGGCCAGAGAGGGACAUUGGUGAGCUCAGUCCUGCCAUUGCACAGGAGGAGGCUCCUGCCGGGGACUGGCUCUUUGGUGGGGUCAGGUGGGGCUGGAAUUUCCGGUGUAAACCUCCAGUGGGCCUGAACCCAAGGACGGUGCCCGAGGGACUCCCCUUCUCCUCUCCAGACAAUGGCGAGGUCAUCCUGGACCCCAGCCAGGCCCCAAGACCCUUCAAUGAUCCCUGCAAAUACCCCGGCCGGACAAAAGGCUUUGGCCACAAGCCGGGGCUAAAGAAGCACCCGGCAGCGCCCCCUGGAGGCCGGCCCUUCACCUGCGCCACAUGCGGAAAGAGCUUCCAGCUGCAGGUGAGCCUGAGUGCGCACCAACGGAGCUGCGGACUGUCGGACGGCGCGGGCGCGGGGUCAGCGUCCACCGCUGCUGGAGGCGGAGGUGGCGGCAGUGGUGGCAGCGGUGGAGGUGGGGGCAGUGCGAGGGACAGCAGCGCCCUGAGGUGCGGAGAGUGCGGCCGCUGCUUCACACGCCCCGCACAUCUCAUCCGCCACCGCAUGCUGCACACGGGCGAGCGGCCCUUCCCCUGCACCGAGUGCGAGAAGCGCUUCACGGAGCGCUCCAAGCUCAUCGACCACUACCGAACGCACACGGGCGUGCGGCCCUUCACCUGCACGGUGUGCGGCAAGAGCUUCAUCCGCAAGGACCACCUCCGCAAACACCAGCGCAACCACCCAGCAGUGGCCAAGGCGCCCGCCCAUGGUCAGCCGCUUCCACCACUGCCGGCCCCUCCCGACCCCUUCAAGAGCCCUGCAGCCAAAGGACCCAUGGCCUCCACAGACCUUGUGACUGACUGGACUUGUGGCCUAAGUGUCUUGGGACCCACUGAUGGCGGUGGAGACCUGUGAGGGCCGCAACGCUCCAUGUGGCCCCUGCAGGCCACAGAUGUACAAAGUCCCGUGUGCAGAUAGCAGGGUGGCCUGAAAGCUCAGAAGCAAAGAGGGAGACUUGGCAGAGAACCAAAUUUCCAUGUUGCUGAACUGAUCACUGGAAAUAGAAACUAUCAAUGCAACUUCCACCUUAAAGAAAGUAGGAUUCCGACUGUGAAACUGAACACCUUAAUAGGAUCUUAAGUAAUUUAAUUACAAACCUAUUUUUUUGUUUGUUUCUCUCUUUAAUUCUUGAGGAAAAAGCUGGAAAGCAGUAUCAACACCAGUUGAAGUUUUGAGGUGUACUUGUGGCUUUAAGGGGUGUGUGUCUACUCUGUCUUAGCGGUGUUGGAAAGAUAGUGGGAGAAGCAGGCCAGGGCACCCCGGCCACACAGUCCUGUGGCAGGUGAGUUCCUCAUCUAGCCAGGCAGCUGGCCGAGACCGUGGGCCCUGGCUGAUGAGGGCACUGGGCCCUAGACAGCCGCAGUAAGAACCCCGCUAGACGCAGCCCUUGCCUCCUGAAAAGACCCCUAAAGCCGAGGCCUGACUUCUCCCUUGAGCCAUCUGCAGGACCUGUCCAAGGUGGUAACGUCCUCUGUGGUAGUGACUCCUGGGCCUGGCUAAGACAAUUCAUGGAGCUGUAGUAGUGUUAGCUCUGAGGGUGGUUAGCCCUCAGGCAUGAAGUCACAGGAAGCCAGAGCCACCCAUCUUGGGUUAUGUCCAUUACCCAUAGAUGCUUCUGUUGGCUGCCAUUGUGUAGUAUGUUCACUUUCAAAAUGGUUCCACUUCACAGCUCAUUCCACCAUUACCAUGACUUUGGAAAGCAGCUAGACAGGUGGUUCUUUUUAGAGAAGAGGAAAUAAAGGGUUCAAAGGGGACACAGCCUCUCACCAUGAGGACUGUGUGUUCCAGGAGCUGGGAAAAGCUGCAGCUGAGACCCAGUUCUCCUAGAACAACAGUUUAGGGAAGAUUUCGAGAUCUUGUCCUUUUAAAAGCUUUGUCCCACACACAUGGAUCAGAGCAUCAAGACACAAAACUCCUGCCUCAGCAGCUCGAGCUGGACAGCCCCCUGGAGUGUGUGCUGAUGUAUCACUAGGCACGCAGGGGGCAGUUGGAUUGUCAGGUAACUGGGUGCGUGGCUCAGGCCUGCCUGGAAUAUCUUCAGUGGAAUUAGAGCUAGGUCCAAGUUUCUGUCGUAACAAUGCUGUCCCCCCCACACAUAGCCAUUCCCAUUUUGUUUAAGCAGCCACUGGUCCUCUUGCCCAAAUGGCUAAUGACUCCCUGAAGAGGGCAGAGACCAUGGUGCCCAUUCAGCAACCUCCUGCAUACUUUAUUAGAAAUGGACUAGUUAAGAAAAUGGUUUCUAUGUACUGUAUAUUUUGUACCUGUUUACACUUCUAAUAUUGAUAUAACUGAUAUUUUGAAAAACAAAUGAACAGAAAACAUCCUGUUAAAAUAAAAUCUAACCAGCACCAA